AGGGUUGGUUCGCCAAACUAUAACUGUUAUUAAUAAAUAUUACAGGUAAGACGCUUCCAGCGUUACGUUUUGUUACGAUAGGGGAAGGGAGCUUUUUUGCUUAGCGCUUAACGAAGAGAAAGAAUUCAACAUUUUAUAGCUACAUAUGCUUGCCAUGCUCGUGCUCUAUUAUGGUAACAGGUGGGUUUUUUUACUCCAUUUAUUGUAAUAACUACCCCUUAAAUAAUUUGAAAACAGUCACUGUAUGGCUCUGCAUGGCAUGCCAAAAAAUGCUGACACAGGCCAAACACUUGCGACCGAAUGCAACGAAAAAGCCAUUACGAUCGAUCGAUGGACAGCAGUAGUUCGGCAGCCACCUUGGCUGUAAGAGUUGUUCAGCAGUGUACGAUCGUACCCCAGGAGGUGCGAAAUUCAGUUUCCCCCGUGUUCGCCUAGGUAAGCAGAAACGGACAGCAAACUGUGCAAAAAUAUCGGUUGGUUAGUAUUGAAACAGAAUUAAUAACCAAAGUGGCCAUUAACUGAAGUUAAGCGAGUUCAUCUAUCAACGAUCAACGAUCAAGCAAGUGAAAUCAUAAAACGUGUUGCGUGCUGUGAUAGGUGAUGGGUUUUAGUGUUCCCAGCAUAUUCUUGUAAUCCAUUAACAGGGAUCUUCUGAAAUCUUCUCCUAUCAACCAAGAAUGGCCGAACACGAUCAAAUUGUACUAGAUGAAGAACUAUCGGCCGCUGCGAGCAGAGUACAGAAGCUAACGAUGAGUGCUGGAAGAACGAACAUGAUGUGUCUGAUGAUGACCGCUGUUGGUGGAGUGAUCAUUAUGUCUGCCAUUGCUUUUGGGUUCUACAUGACCUUACCCACUUCUGUCCUUUCGCAGCAAACGUCGAAUAGGAUUGAGUUAGAGCAAGCUACGGUACAGGAACACGGCGAGCUGGAAGAUAUUCGCCAAAUGUACUUCAAGGCAGAAGCACAGGACGUUCUGAUGGGAUCGCUCCACCUGCUGGAGCUGAUGAAGGAGUUCGAACCAAUUCUUGAGCGACAGCGCCGCCGGAGAGAUGUUGCCGAAUCCGUACCCAACCGUAUCUCGCGAGGAGACGAUCGUUCCGAAGAGAUCACGUACGGUGUACGACGACGGGUUCAGCGUGAAUUCGACUUCGGGAUGGUGCCGAUCGUAUACAGAGGUGCCAUGGUAGAGCCCGAAAUGCCGAGAGGUUCUCGCACCCGACGUCAUGCCCUCUCGAUGGAUGAGUUACAGCGGGCCAAACGCAGUGCCCAGAAAGACUACCAGCGACUAGAGCGGGAGUAUAACCGGUGUCGCAAGGAAGCACCGAACGGCAAGUUGUGUGAUCAGAUUUACGAAAAGUUGCAACGUUUGUCGGAGGAGAUGAACGCACGCUUCAUGGAGAUGGCUAAUCUGCUGCAAGGUUUCAACGAGGUUGGUCUAACGACUGAAGAGACCGUCGUCAAGUAUCCGGAGGUAUUUUUUGGUAGCAGUGAGCCUGUUUCGGUGAGUGUUACUACUUCCGAACGAUCUACUACCAGUUACCGGCCGGAUGUAUACGUCACGAAAAAACAUUAUCCAAAGAUAACUACCGUUGAUCAGCAGCGGGUGAGUGACGGGAAUAAUACGCACGCGGUGACCGAAGAGCAGUGGAGUACCACAACGGAGAGCAUGAGCACUACCCCCGCACGAUUGGUGUUUGAUCCAAACCUUCAUAAUCCGAUCGAGAACAGUUCCAUCCGCAGCUUGGAUGACCUGUUUGAGCAUAUGAGAUUCAGUGAUUCGAUCAACCCGCAACCCACCGAAUGGACCACUGAGCGUGGUGAUAUCUUUCAGAUAGAAAUCCACUCCAGCUCUAGUCCGGUGACGAUGAAAAGUUCCUCAUCCGCAACGUCUAACCGUUGGACUACUACCAAAAGUCCUUUACAAGCCGCUCGGAACCUGCACGAUGUGGUGGAUCAACUGCAACUAGCACAGAUGCUACAACCGCACCCGUUCCAUGAGGAUCUGCUGCAAAAUCCACCGGAUAAUAUAAACGAGUUCGUAAUGUCGCGAUCGCGCAACCGUGAUCAUAUGCAUCACGAUCCCAACCAUAAGGCAGUACACUUAGAUUCUUCCAUUGAUCCAUUGCGCUCAGUUCAUCAACAUCAGCAACAGCAACCCCAACAGCCGCUGGUCGUGGGUCCGAGUGCACCAUUUUUGAGUCUUUGUGAUCAGCUUCGUUCGGCGAACGGUAAUGGCGGUCACAUGAAGCCUGUCCACACUGGCGCUUUCCAACACACGCCCGGCAUACCGAUAACGGGUGAGGCGACUAAAGCAUCUUCGCAGAUCAUUGUCAAUUCGGCGUUCGGUGCUGGAUAUGUGCCGAAUACGGUGUGCUUCUACCAGAAUACACCACCGGUGGGUUCGCAGACGGGGUAUGCUUUUCGGCCUGCUGCUGCUACCGGGCCGUACGUCUAUCCGAAUGGUGGUGGAUAUUCGCCGUAUCAGCAGCCACCGCCACAACACCAUCAUCAUCAUCCGGGCGCCGGAGGUAAGCUUCCGUUGAAUGAUCCAGCGAUCGAUGCACUCAUUCAACCACGCAUUCCAGAAGCUAUGAUCAAUAUGCCGGUUAGUAUCCAAAAUCUACAUCAUCCCGGUGCUCGAGCUCCCGAGCCUUCAGCGGAUCCCCAGAAUGGUCCCUUUCUACUUUGCUCCAUGAUGUACAACAAUGAUGCUGCAAGUCAGCCUGAAGCACACGGUACUACGGUACCUCCACCACCGGCACGACACCAUCUGGGAAAUGAAACUCAUCCCGAGGCGGACGAUCCCGAAGACUUGGCGUCGAUUUUUGCUGCGGGUCGUUCUUUGGCGGCUCGGGCCAAAGGUCGCCAUCACUGCCGACGGGGUUGGGUACCGUGCUUCAGUUCGCACCAAUGCGUCAAGCGUAGCAGCUGGUGUGACUCGAAGACGGACUGCAUGGAUGGAAGUGAUGAGAGUGCGUGCUCCUGCGUAUCGCGACUACCGAAGCGCAAACUCUGCGACGGGUACGCCGACUGUCCGCUCGGUAUGGACGAGAUGGGAUGUUUCGGGUGUGAAAAGUUCUCGUUCUCCUGCUUCCACACGCAGGACGAGUAUCGGGCAGCGCAUCGAUCCGGUUCGAUGUGCUACACACUGCUCGAACGGUGCGACGGUUUCGACAAUUGUCUCAACCGCAAGGAUGAACAGGAUUGCACGAUGCUCGUGAAGGAUCUGGGACACUACCUUGCCUACUCGGUACCACACUCGUCCGGUGUGCUGCAUCGCAAUUACCGUGGCAAAUGGUACCCGGUGUGCAACAAUCCAUCCCAGUGGGCACGGGAAGCUUGUGAUGCAGAAGUUGGACCACAGGAACGUGAACCAUUGCUGAGCCAUGGACAUGGUAGUCUGCCUGGGCCGUACAUUAGUCAGCGUGCGAACAGCCAAGUGUCACAGCCGGAGUUUAGCGACGGGUGUAACGGGGUGUACGUACAGGUCAAGUGUCCUCCGGUGCGCUGCGGUACAAGCAAGCUGCAAGAACAGCACUUCGCACGCAUCAGUGUCCGAUCCAGGCGCAACACCACCAACGAAAGUGAGCUGGUCGAGAGUGUUCGCAUCGUCGGAGGUAGUCAUGCCGAGCCGGAAGCUUAUCCGUUCAUUGUAGGUAUCUUUCGCGAUGGAAAGUACCACUGUGGUGGAAGUAUCUACAACGAGCAUUGGAUAAUUUCAGCCGCUCAUUGCUGUGAUAACUUCGAUCAGCAUUUCUUUGAGGUGCGUUCGGGAAUGUUGCGAAAGCGUAGCUUUGCUCCACAGGUUCAGAUCACCCGCGUCACUCACAUGAUCAUCCAUCACGCGUACAGCUCGGCGCUGAUGGCCAACGACAUUGCACUGAUGCGUGUGGAGCAUCCGUUCCACUACAAUCGUUGGGUGCGUCCGAUCUGUCUGCCGGAAAGGCAUCGCACUACGGACGAUCGCGAUUGGAUGUGGGGUCCUAAGCCGGGCACUGUCUGUACAGCGAUCGGUUGGGGUGCUCUUCGGGAGCGAGGCGGUGCACCUGAUCACCUGAUGCAGGUUUCGGUACCGAUCUUAAGCUACUGCAAACACAAAUCGGAUCGCGAAAGUCUUCAGAUCUGUGCCGCCGAAGAGGAAGGAGGUCAUGAUGCAUGUCAGGGCGAUUCUGGUGGUCCUUUCGUGUGUCAGAGUAAAUCCAACCCGUCCGAGUGGUAUCUGGCCGGCGUUGUAAGUCACGGAGAAGGUUGUGCUAGAGCGCACGAGCCGGGUGUAUAUACGCGUGUGGCACUGUUCAUUGAAUGGAUCGCUGAGAAGGUAAAUGCCCCAUUACCGGCACGUACCGCCCGUGCAGACUGUCCGGGUAUGCGGUGUAUCUGGGGUGGAGGUAUCUGUCUACCACCCGGUAAGAAGUGUAACGGUUUCGUGAACUGUCUUGGAGGGGAAGACGAAUCGGGCUGUGCGAUGGAUCAGAUGCUUCGGUCAAUGGCCCACCGAGGUGAUGAAGAUAGUGAAGAGCAACAGCCGGACACUGUCACACAGCGAGCCUCCGAAAUGCACGAAAGCCGACAGGUAGAUGAAGCAGACACAUCCACAGAACUGACCACAUUCGGUUUGGUAGAAUCGGAGGAGUCUACAACAUUUACAGUCUACGACGCAAGUGUAGAAGCUCAGGAAAGUAUGAUUGUGACAAAAACAGCACAGACAGAUCCCCCAACCACGACAUCUGCAUCAACAACAACUCCUCGCGAAGAAGUGUCCAAAGAACCGGCCACUAAGGAGAUUACUACCACCGUUCCAAGUACCUCCGUUGACACAUUGUCAGAAAUCUUCUCAACGGAAGUCACAACAUCGUUCCAACAGAGUUCCAGCUCCGAGUUACCGUCCUCCACAGAUGAGCAAACAAAACCGAUGACAACAACAACUGAUUCUGCAAUCAUUUUCCCCAUACACGAUACCGAGCACGGUACAAAAGAGUUCGAAUUUAUUGCACCGAACACUACGUCCACAACGGAGGUCAUCUGGAAGGCUUUGGAGAAAACGGUUAAAGAGGUUCGGGGGCAGGCAAGAGCCGAAAAUGGUUCUUCCAUGGUGAACUCUACCACUAUGGAGCCGCUCCCCUCGGCAUCUUCAGAUACACCGCAGGAAGAGCUUCCCGAUCAUCCAUUUUUCAACGAUCUGGAAGUGAUGCAUCAGCAGAAGCACAAACGUGUAGCCGAGUUCCGUAUGACGGUACACAAUCUGCACACGAAAACGAAUGUACAAACGCUUCCACCGAACGACACCGCCCAAUAUCGUCAAUUUUCGUGCAAAAACAUCUCGCAGCGUAUUAAUGUGGCGCAUCGAUGCGAUCGGAUCGUCGACUGUGAGGAUGGAAGUGAUGAGCUGAACUGCACAUGCCGAGACUUCCUGAAGGACAAGUUUGAUUUUCUGAUUUGCGAUGGCAAGACGGACUGUCUUGAUCAUACGGAUGAGCUUGGUUGCAUGAACUGUCAACCAGGUCAGUAUGCGUGUCGAGUCAGUCAGGUUUGCAUUCCCAACGUGCAGGUGUGCAAUGGACAACCGGACUGUCCGCUACAUGAGGAUGAACUGGAUUGCUUGGCCCUUACCGAUGGACAUCGUGUGUACUUCGAUGCUAACAAUCUUACACUCUUCCGCAACACCGGAAUCGUCACGAAAAACACGAACGGUAGCUGGGAGGUUCUGUGUGGAGCGGUACUGACAGCGAAAACAGAACAUGCAGUUGAGAAGAUUUGCUCAUUUCUGGGAUUUGCUGGUUACCAGAACUAUUCACUGCUCUCAAUUACACCAUCCGAUCUUCCGGCCGGAAUGCUCGUCAACACCGGUGAUCAUCACUACGUUAACAUUACCGUCGAUAGCGCCUGUCAAGCUUUGCGUGUCUCGUGCGUACAACAUAUCAACGCCACCGAGCAUGACAUAGCGCACUUCGAACACAAACACCAACAGGAACCGGUUCAGGUGAACAUACGUCCGUUGAAUCCGAUCCAUCGGCCACACCAUAUGCCCCAGAUCGUGUUCCAGGAGAACGCUCAUAUCGAGCUGGUCGAGAACUUUGGCGAUGAUUACGAUUGGCCGUGGAAUACUAACAUCUAUCUCGAUGGGGUACUGAUCUGCAGUGGAUUGAUCAUCGAUGCUAGUUGGAUCAUUGUGGCCGGCAGUUGUACACGGUUGGUGAAUCUACGGCACCAGUAUCUGGCGGUGGUGGCCGGCGGUGCCAAAUCGUACCUUAACAUUGAAGGACCCUACGAACAGGUGGUACGGGUUGAUUGCUACCACUACAUACCGGAAGCGGAAACGGUCAUGUUACAUCUCGCGUCCAAACUCACCUUCAGUCGCCAUGUGCUGCCUACGUUUGUGCCAGAGAAUGAAAACGUCACGGAUAGUGAAUGUCUUGCGGUGGGACAGGAUAAGUAUGGUAGAACGAAAACGUUACGUGUCCAUCUCAAUCGGACAAACUGUCAAGGGGAACGGGUGCGAUGCUACCAUAAGGAUCUAAAGCAGCCUUACUAUCACCAUGAGUCGUGUUACACACCUGAAGCAACACGAUCCGGUGUAAUUGUCUGCAAGACGAACCGUUCCGGAUGGUACCCGGUAGGGUUCUAUCAGCACAAGCGAGGUCUUUGCGGUUUCAACGAAGUUGUACGGGUGACGAGCCUGGUGGAAUCGUACCACAAGAUCCAGAACGUGCUGCACAAUGAGAAAUGUGGUGAUCAGAUGUAUGAGGAACCGAAAUGUGCUGGAAAACGUUGCCGGUAUGGCAAGUGUGUUGGCGAGAAGCUACUGUGCGAUCGUAAACCAGACUGUGGUGAUGGAUCGGAUGAAAGUCCGGCACUGUGUGCCACUCGCAAUCAGACUAGUAACUGUUUACCACAUCAGCUGCGUUGUGCGAACGGACGGUGUAUCGAUAAGGCUAGCUUCUGCGAUCGAAAGAACGAUUGUGGAGACUCAACGGAUGAACCACACGACUGCUCGUGCUACACAUACUUGAAAAUCACCGAUCCAGGGAAAAUCUGCGAUGGAGCGCGCAAUUGUUGGGACAAAUCGGAUGAAAAUCCACGCGUCUGUCGCUGUCACGCAACUAGCUUCCGAUGUGGCGAGUCGGACAUUUGCGUACCGUAUGAUUUUGUCUGCGAUAAAGAGCGUGACUGUCCGGAUGGGGAGGACGAACAGUACUGUUACGCACUGCAGCAAAACUCUUACGAAGCUGGAUACGGAGAACUGAUGGAGCAGAAUUAUGGCAUCUGGCACUCGAAGUGCUUCCCAAGGACGACCAAAUUUGACGACGAGUAUAUGCAACGCAUCUGCGAACAGCUCGGUUACAGACAGGUAAGAAAGAUCUACGGACGUGCGAUCGUGGAGGGUGCCCGGUUGCGUACCGCCAACGAAACAGAAAGCGCUGUCGAUAAGCUGCGUCGUACGGCGACGAAAACGAUCGUGCAGAACAAAUUUUCCAAAGUGAUCAUCAACCAGAACCACACGUUCUACAUGAAGCCGAGUAGGCCAAUGUUUAAGGUGAUCAAUUGGAACUACGAGGAUGAACAGAACUGUCACCGAUUGGAGUUGCUGUGUGCACCAUGAUGAAACUGAACCUAGCGU